UGGGAUCGACAUUCAUGCAGCAUAAAUUAAACUGUGUGAAAAUUUAGAAGAACUAGUGCAUGAACUAUAAGUGUAAUUAACUCAAAUGCUGCUCUUAAGUGCAACUUUCAGCAUUUAUUUGAUGCUUUUAGUUACUCAUUACUUUCCAGAUUCAGAUUAUUCACUGUUUAUAGGCUAUUAAUGGUGAAGUGUUAGCAAUCAGAUGUCGUUGUGGGCAGUUGUAGUUUAAUUAACAGCAAUUUCACAUUUAAAAAAAAACAAACCAAAGAUACCGGUAUGAAAAUACCAUACGAAAAUACAGAAUAUCGUCCUGAUAAUCGUCCUAUAAUCGAUGCCCCCCUAUUAUUUGUACUUUUUCCCACUGUGUCACGUCAAAAUGUCUUCUGUGGGUGCAACAUAUGGCCCUGCUACACGAUGAACCUACAUCUACUGUAUGAGCUGCAUCAUAAUUAUGUAACCCCCCUCACUCAGCAUAGUGGCAACAGUUUAAGCAGCAGUGAUAUCAGUGGUGGUGCCCGGUGGAGAAGCCUUUAAACACUCUCUGGGUGAAGCUCUGAAGGGUGGAGAGGAGAGAACAUAACAUUUCUUCUGAUUUUCUCUCUCCCUCUCUCUCUCUCUCUGUUUUUUUUUUUCCUUGAUUCCGAUGAGAUCGCUGCAGACUCUGGGGAUCCGGCUGGAGAUGCGGAGAAUAAUUUGCCACAGAUUCCUCUGCAUAGUGGAGGCACUACCACAGACCACGUGAGAGGAAUAUUCAAUGACGGUCCCCGACAGACCGGCUCAUCUCCGCUGCUGACAUGGACUCUUGGACACUGUGUUUCCUCAGCUUCCCGCAAUCGGACGCGGAGGGAGGGCGGCGGUGUGUCUGAAUGUAACCUCUUCCAUCCUCAGCUUCUUCUUUUUCUCUUUCUUUCUUUAUUCUUUCUUUCAUUUCUUUUCUUCUUUUCUCCUCCUCCUCCUCCUCCUCAUCCACAAGUCAAACAGUUUUCCGGAGAGGAGGGGAUGGCUUGGCCGUGCAUCAGCAGAGUGUGCUGCCUGGCUCGCUUCUGGAACCAGUUCGACAAAUCGGACCUCUCCGUCCCGCUCACCAUCCAGAACUACUCGGACAUCGCCGAGCAUGAGGUGCGGUCCGUCACCAAACAGGUCUCUGCGUCGGAGCGCGCGCCCGGGAACCACUACUCCAUCCCGGAGCAGCGCGCCGCCUCCGGCUCCCCUCAUGCGCCCGCGGAUGGCCCGGCGACCCGCGGAGGGUCCUUCAGGGCGCGGAAGGAGCCCAGUUACAAGCCCCGGGAGGACUACCACCCGCCCGGGGUGCCUUUCCCCAGCGUCACCCAGUACAAGCAGGAUUUCAAACCCUGGCCCAUUCCCAGGAAGGAGAACUUCCCUUGGAUUAGUAACGGGGGCAGCAGGGCGGACAGUGUGUCGGACAGCCCGGUGAACAGUCACCACCCCGGGGAGAGAGAGGAGCGGGGCAGGGGGCAGAGGUGGGGGGAGCAGCAGGGGAUGGAGGAGAGGAAAACCAGCUCCUACAGGCACGAGUACAGGCCGUGGACGGGGGCGAGACCGGCCAAAAGUGCGAGGAGAAACCCUCCGGCUCAGUACUCCAGCCCUGGGACGGAGGCCACCCAAGUCCCGCGUGAGACCAGCUACCAGGCCGCCUACAGCGGGGACGCCCAGAGGUCCAUAGGGCCAAAUCAGGGGGAGCACAUCAUCCCGUCUGCCAGCACCUACAUACAACCCGCUGCCGUCCCCCAGCCCGUCCCCACCCCCACCCUGCAGGCCGGCAGCACGCCGAGCCCCCCCGGCCUCCAGCAGGGCGUCCCGCCCGAGAGGGCCGAUCUCAGUGGAACGACCAAGGGAGAGGAACAUCUGGUGAGGACCAAGCUCCCUCCCAACCCGUCCGCCGUCUUCCAAAGCGGAUCGAGGGUCUUCAACAUCUGACAGCUGCUCCCCAAUUUUCCAACCAUUCCACUUCGAUCGGUUUCAGUUUUAAGGAAUCAACAGGGGAAUGAUUUCCAGUCCAUUCCACAAACACAAGAAUCUAUGCAAGGGAAUGUAUUGUUGUGAAGCCUGUGGAGCUGCAGCGUCAGUAUCCCUCCUCCUCCUCCUCCUCCUCCUCUUCCUCUUCCUCCUCCUCCUCCUCUCUGCCCCUGUUCGCUGUGGAAAUGAACAUGCAUGUAACGAAAUAGUUUUAAAGACAAGCUUUUUUUUUGUUGUCGUUGUUUUGUUAUAGAUGCACACAAGAAACUGCCUGCUCUGUGUGGUAGUGUGUGUGAGUGUGAGUGUGUGUGUGUGUGUGUGUGUGUGUGCGUCCUCCUGUUGUACAUGACGUUGAGUCUGCUCCAGUAACGAAUGACGCGGGCGGUCGUUAAGUGUGUAUGCUUAAAGACGUCGACCCCCUUUGGUGUUGCUAGAAAUCUGCUUGGAAAAAAAAAAAAAAAGUUAUUUAUUUCCUCAGUAUUCAGUCAGUUUGCUAUUUUGAGAAAACAGUAUUGUUCGGUCUAUUAUUUUGUAAAUCUAUUGUUAAAAGAAAAAAAAGAGCAAAUAUAUCAUGUAAGUGAAAUUACAAUAAAAGAAUAUUAGGUUCUUAGCACUUUC